AAGAGCCAGUGGCCGUGUCGUGGGAAAUGGGUGAAGAAAACAUCUCGGUGACGAACAUCGAAACUGUUAUUAUUCCGAAGUUGAGAAGAGAAAAUGACCACUUGUUUGAAGAAUUGAAGGAGGCCAAACAAACGGAGCUGUCAUGGCAGAGAUACAAGGGACAUCUGUUGAAGACAAAAGAACUCAAGGCAGCAUCUGCGCAGACAAGAUCAGUUGGAGUUAGUGAUGUCGUGACAACUUUGCCAACCUCCUCACGGAAAUUGUUCAACCAGUUAUAUCCCCAAGUUGAUGAAAUCUACCACUUGGAGUUGUUACUGCUUGAGCUGAAUCAACAACUGAUGGUUGCCGAGGCGACCAGAGAAAAAGGAAAGAUUUUAAAUGCUCUCGAGAAAGCUGUAUAUGAGAAGAACAGGGCAGGGCCAGAUGACACGGCCGACCAUGCUUGUCUGCUGGGUGAGUGGUUUCAGCAGAUGUCAUGUGUGAAAAGUGUUAGUGAUCCCGACUUGCAUCCAACGAUGGCAUCAAAGAGUGAAAGCUCUAUCCAGAAAGACCGAGUGUUCUACUGGGCCAAGUAUGAGACACCAUCAAGCCAUACUGAUGGUAAUCAGACUUUGAGCUUUUCCACAAGACACUGUGGAAUAUGCAUUCGCCUGUGUAUAACAGCACCAAAAUAUUUCAAUGAUGGGUCUCCACGAUGCAGCCCAGGGACUAUGUUUUUGACCUCGGACAUACCUCUGGAAGGCCUUCAGCUUGGAUUCCAACGUUGCAUCAGGGACGGCCAACUGGCUCACGACUUUGUCAUCAGUACAGUAUGGAGGCUCAUAGAGGACCAGAUUCUUCCUUUUGUAUCAACGUAGUUAAGAGGGUGGUUUCAAUUUGGCUUAUCACAAUGGCAGUGCUGGUGUAGUCAUCAACAUUAGUUUUUUAAGAAAUGGCUCAAACCACAAAAAGGCUGACAGACUUGUUCUUGUAUGUGGAUGAGCAAAACUGCAACACAUUUCUGCUAUUACCCUAGGCCCAUACUCACAAUGGGUUUGUGCGCAUUGAAAUGAAAACUAGUCACGUGCUUCGCACACAGUGUGCAAGUGGAACCAGUGUGUGGAACCUUACAUGUAUAUACGCCACAGUUGAAACAUUUUCCAAAGGAGGCAACUCUCAGCUGAUCGUUAUUUAAAAAUUUAUGAGUUAAAUUGAAUAUUCUGGAAGUUGCAGAAUGGAUGCAUUGAAAUUUGUGGUGUGCAAAAUCUUUCCCCAUUUGAGAAAACUUCCAAAAAAUUUCAGACAAGUGAGACUGAGAUGGAAUUUUUUGCUUUUGAAGUUUUUAAAGCAUUUUGAGGGAACAAAAAACUACAUAGUGAAUAAAAUUUGCAUUUCAUAUUUGAAACA